AAAGCGCGGCCCGCCUCCUGUGAGCAGACUCGGCAGCCCGAGCCAGGGGCGGGGAGACGCGGACACGGCGGCAUCAGACCCCGAGGACCCAGGCCAGCCAGGCUCCCGCCGCUGCCCGGGACCAGAAGAUGUGCUCCCAGAUCCUCCUGCCCCUGGGCCCCUGACUCAGCCUCCUGUCUCAUCUCCUCCAAGGGACCAGAAGAUGGGCUCCCGGAUCCUCCCGUCCCUGCUGCUGCUCCUGGUCCCAGGGCCCAGGGCCCAGGGCUGCCCAUCCGGCUGCCAGUGCAACCAGCCGCAGACAGUCUUCUGCACUGCGCGCCACGGGACCAUGGUGCCCCGUGAUGUGCCGACUGACACAGUGGGGCUGUACAUCUUCGAAAACGGCAUCACCACGCUUGACACGGGCAGCUUUGCCGGCCUGCCAGGCCUGCAGCUCCUGGACCUAUCGCAGAACCAGAUUGCCAGCCUGCCCGGUGGAAUCUUCCAGCAGCUUGCCAACCUCAGCAACCUGGACCUGACUGCUAACAGGCUGCGUGAGAUCACUAACGAGACCUUCCGUGGUCUGCGGCGCCUGGAGCGCCUUUACCUGGGCAAGAACCGCAUCCACCACAUCCAGGCUGGAGCCUUUGACGCCCUUGACAGCCUCCUGGAGCUCAAGCUGCAGGACAACGAGCUGCGGGCCCUUCCCCCACUGCGCCUGCCGCGCCUGCUGCUGCUCGACCUCAGCCACAAUCGCCUCCCGGCCCUGCGGCCCGGCACCCUGGACACUGCCAACAUGGAGGCGCUGCGGUUGGCUGGCCUGGGACUGCGGCAGCUGGAUGAGGAGCUCUUUGGCCGCCUGCACAACCUGCACGACCUGGAUGUGUCCGACAACCAGCUAGAGUGUGUGCCACCCGCCAUCCGGGGCCUGCGGGGCCUGACACGCCUUCGGCUGGCUGGGAACACCCGCAUCGCCCAGCUGCGGCCUGAGGACCUGGCCGGCCUGGCGGCCCUGCAGGAGCUGGACCUGAGCAACCUGAGUCUGCAGGCCCUGCCGCCCGAGCUCUCAGGCCUCUUCCCCCGCCUGCGGCUCCUGGCGGCUGCCCGCAACCCCUUCAACUGCGUGUGCCCCCUGAGCUGGUUCAGCCCUUGGGUGCGGGAGAGCCGAGUGGCACUGGCCAGCCCCGAGGAGACACGCUGCCACUUCCCACCCAAGAAUGCUGGCCGGCUGCUCCUGGAUCUUGACUAUGCUGAGUUCGGCUGCCCAGCCACUACCACCACAGCCACGGCCCCGACCACGAAGCCCUCGGUGUGGGAGCCCACACUCUCGCCUUCCAGUCCUGCUUCCACCUGGCUCAGCCCCACAGAGCCUACCACUGAAGCCCCCAGUUCUCCACCUGUCACCCUGCCCACCGCAGGGCCUGCCCCCCGGCCCCAAGACUGCCCAGCAUCCAUCUGCCUCAAUGGAGGCACCUGUCACCUGGGGGUGCAGGGCCACCUCGAGUGCCUGUGCCCUGAGGUCUUCACAGGCCUGUACUGUGAGAGCCGGGUAAGGCAAGCGCCAAGGCCUAGCCCUGCCCUGGCCACACUGAGGCCACCUGGGCCCCCACCCCUCAGUGUUGAGCCCCUGAGCCCCACGUCCUUGCGGGUGGGACUGCAGCGCCUCCUCCAGGGCAGCACAGUGCAGCUCAGGGGCCUCCGCCUCACCUACCGCAACCUAUCGGGCCCGGACAAGCGGCCAGUAACUCUGCGGCUGCCCACCUCACUCACUGAAUACACAGUCACCCAGCUGCAGCCCAAUGCCACCUAUUCCAUCUGUGUCAGGCCCCUUGGGGCCGGGCGGGUGCUCGAGGGUGAGGAGGCCUGUGGGGAGGCCCGCACGCCCCCCGCCAUCCGUUCCAACCAUGCCCCAGUCACCCAGGCCCGGGAGGGCAACCUGCCACUCCUCAUUGCCCCUGCCCUGGCCACUGUUCUCCUGGCUGCACUGGCCGCAGUGGGGGUGGCCUACUGUGUGCGGCGGGGGCGGGCUGCGGUGGCUAUGGCUCAGGGCAAAGGGCAGGUGGGGCCAGGGGCCGGACCCCUGGAGCUAGAGGGGGUGAAGACCCCCUUGGAGCCAGGCCCCAAGGCAACUGAAGGUGGGGAGGACCGACCCAGCGGGCCUGAGUGUGAGGUGCCACUCAUGGGCUACCCAGGGCCUGGCCCCCAGGGGCCCCUCCCCAGUAAACCCUACAUCUAAGCCUGGGAGUGAUGGGCCAUAGGGGGUCAGGUGCUGAGACCCGCUGGGACCAGUGCCCUACUGCUGACAGUCCAAGGAAGUUCUCAGAUUCACACGAGGACACAUGAGAGUAGGGGCUGUGUGGCUGCAUCAAGUCCCUGUCCCUCUCUGGACCUUGGUCUCAUCUGUAAGAUGCUGGGUCCCACACGAUGACCUCUAAGGAACCCCCAGACUGUGUACCUACGAGGAUGGUGUCUGCCCAUCCUCUGCAAUGUGCAACCCUAGGGAGGGCAGGGCGGGCCCUCCUGUGUGCUGGUAACACAGGCCCCCAUCCUGAGGAGACCCCGGGGGCCGUGAAGGAAGCCAAAGGGCACGGGGAGGGAGGGCCGGGGGCCGGGCCGUGUGGUUCCAGCCUUGGCCCCCAGGAGCAAAGGAACAAAAGAAACUGGAAGGAAAGGCGGUUUAGGACCAGGUUUUGCUUUUGUUUUUUAAGACUAUAUUUAUGAAACCCUUUCCCAUUUAUUCUGGGAAAGCGUUUUUCAAACUCGAGAGAAGGACUUUGGUUUUUGUAAGACAAACGAUGACAUGAAGGUCUUUUGUAAGAAAAUAAAAGAUGAAAUGAA